CUGCCCACCUCUGCCUCUGAAAGUGUUAGGAUUACAGUUGUGUGUUCUCAUUUUGCCCAAGACCUUCAGCCAGAGGAGAGCAUAAAAGAUUCUUUCCAAAAAGUGAUACUUAGAAAAUUUGAAAAAUGUGGACAUGGCAAUUUACAGUUUAAAAAAGGCUGUGAAAGUGUGGAUGAGUGUGAGGUACACAAAAGAGGUCACAAUGGGCUUAACCAAUGUUUGACAACUACCCAGAGCAAAAUGUUUCAAUGUGGUAAAUAUGUGAAAGUCUUUCAUCAAUUUUCAAAUUCAAACAGACAUAAGAGAAGACAUACUGAAAGAAAAACUUUGAAAUAUGUAGAAUGUGACAAAAAUUUUAACCAGUCCUCAACCCAUACUACACAUAAAAAAAUGGAUACUGGAGAGAAACCCUACAAAUGUGAAGAAUGUGACAAAGCCUUUAAGUACUUCUGUACCCUUACUACACAUAAAAAAAUUCAUACUGUAGAGAAACCAUACAAAUGCGAAGAAUGUGGCAAAGCCUUUAAGUACUCCUAUACCCUUACUACACAUAAGAUAAUCCAUACUGGAGAACAACCCUACAAAUGUAGAGAAUGUGGCAAAGCUUUUAACCAUCCUGCAACUCUUUCUUCACAUAAGAAACUUCAUACUGGAGAGAAACCAUACAAGUGUGAUAAAUGUGGCAAAGCCUUUAUUUCAUCCUCAAUCCUUCGUAAACACGAGAAGAUUCAUACGGGAGAGAAACCCUACAAAUGUGAAGAAUGUGACAAAGCCUUCACCCGUUCCUCACACCUUACUAUGCAUAAGAUCAUUCAUACUGGAGAGAAGCCAUACAAAUGUGAAGAAUGUGGCAAAGCUUUUACGUGGUCUGCAGGCCUCCAUAAACAUAGGAGAACUCAUACUGGAGAGAAACCCUACAAAUGUGAAGAAUGUGGCAAAGCCUAUACUACAUCCUCAAAUCUAACGGAACAUAAGGCAGCUCAUACUGGAGAGCAACCUUACAAAUGUAAAGAAUGUGGCAAAGCUUUUAACUGGUCCUCAGACCUUAAUAAACAUAAGAGAAUUCAUAUUGGACAGAAACCAAGAAUGUGACAAAGCUUUAUUUUAUUAUUAUUAUUUAUUUAGUUUUGUUUGAGAGCGAGUUUCGCUCUUGUUCCCCAGGCUGGAGUGCAAUGGUGCAAUUUUGGCUCACUACAGCCUCCGCCUCCUGGGUUCAAGCAGCUGUCCUGCCUCAGCCUUCCUGAGUAGCUAGGAUUAUAGGCGUGCGCCACCACACCUGGCUAAUUUUGUAUUUUUAGUAGAGAUGGGGUUUCUCCAUGUUGGUCAGGCUGGUCUCAGACUCCUAACCUCAGGUGGUCUGCCUGCUUUGGCCUCCCAAAGUGUUGGGAUUACAGGCAUGAGCCACUGUGCCUGGCCGACAAAACUUUUUAAGGAAGUUCUUAACCCUUAUUAUGCGUAAUUCAUACUGGACAGAAACCCUACAAAUGUGAAGAAUGUGGCAAAGCCUAUAACAAGUUCUCAGUUCUUUUAUUU